ACAUGUAUCACCAUUUGAUGCAGUUGUUAAGUCACCAUAUUUUUCGAAGUUCUUUAUGAGCAUUGACACCAUCCACAAAGCUGACAAUGGAUACUCUGAGAAUGUGCAUGGCCUGAGUGAGGACCAACUGGCAGUUAGGCAGGUGGAAGUUAUUGAUAUUGCUUCAGCUGCUACUGAUUAUUGGAGUUACAUAGUUGGAAGAAACAAUGUGGAUUUAUCUAAUUUCCAAUCAGCAAGAUGCGGUCGUGGACCACUCUUGGAAGGCUGGCAGGACCACUGUAGUCCCGUUAUGACAGCAUACAAACUGGUGACUGUAGAUGCUCCAUACUGGGGGUUUGGGAGCAGAUUGGAACAGGCUUUGAUGGCGGGGGAAAGGUCACUUUUCCUAGAGAGUCAUCGUAAUUGCUUCGCCUGGAUUGACGAAUGGUUUGGGUUGACAGUGGAGGUGUUGCGUGAGUUGGAGCGACAAAGUGAUUAUUCAUUGAAUAUGAAACUUGGCCGGCCUUGCUUGGCCGAGAGUUGGAUGACACAAGAGGAAUCUCCACUUGAAGGCGAAAAGUCUGUUGUAUGAAUGCACUGUUCAUAUCUAUGUUUAGCAGCUCUUGGUAUGGUUUUCAGAUUCAUAUACAUGGAAUGGGUCGCAAAUCGCAAUAGAAGAUUAUUGGCUUUACAGUGCAGUUUGCUGCAACAAUACAUAUGCUGUCAGCUUGUACAUGAAAAGGCAGGAAAAGAUGUUAAUAUUAUUCACAAGCAGCAAGGUUUUGUUUUCUGAUGCCUCUAUUCUUUAGAGGUAAGAUUAGGUAAUAAUGAAAGUUAUGUAGAACUGAAGACACAUUUUAGUGAAGGUAGUUUAGCUUAUUGAUCAUAAAGGCAUGAAGUGUAUAUGAUGAUAGUUUAAAUGAAUUACAAUUGUAUUUUCGUGUACAUUUUUUGGAUUCAUGUUUAGGGAUCUUUGAUUUUUACUUCUU